ACCAGGCUGAAAAAUAUAAUUUUUUUAUAUUAUUUUCUGAAUGUAUAUGUUUUAUAAGUCUCUGCAAUAUAAAAGCGCCAUUGAAUGCUAUAGUACAACACCUAACCUUUAAAUAAAAUUUUGACAAUAGAUAACACCAUGGCUGAUAAUGAUGAUUUUACCUUGGGCGAGGAUAAUUUAGACACAUUUGAUACAAAUGGGGGUGACGCAAGUAUACAAGAGGAAGAUGUUUCACUCACAAGUGGAGCUGGGGCUGAUGACCCAGAACUUGAAGCUAUUAAAGCUAGGGUCAAAGAAAUGGAAGAAGAAGCUGAAAAAUUAAAACAAUUACAGUCAGAAGUUGAUAAACAAAUGAGUCUUGGGAGUCCUACAGGCGUCACAUCUCCAUUAAAUAUGUCUAUAGAAGAAAAAAUGGAAGUUGACAAUCGUUCGAUAUAUGUGGGGAAUGUUGAUUAUGGAGCAACAGCAGAGGAACUGGAAUCUCACUUCCACGGCUGUGGGUCUAUCAACCGUGUAACGAUACUAUGUAAUAAAUUUGAUGGUCAUCCUAAAGGAUUUGCUUAUAUUGAAUUUGGUGAUAGGGAUAGUGUUCAAACAGCUAUGGCUAUGGAUGAAAGCUUGUUUCGGGGCCGACAAAUAAAAGUUAUGCCAAAAAGAACAAAUAGACCAGGCUUAACAACUACAAAUAGGGGCCCAAGAGGUAGAGGAUUUAGAGGCAGUCGAGGCAUGUCAGCAAGAGGAGGAUAUGGUUUUAGAGGAUAUGGUGCAGUUCGAAGGCCGAGACGCGGUUCUUUUUAUUCACCUUACUGACCAUUUAUGAACCGGGUAUGAUCUUUGUGGCAAAUGUGAAUUUUUGAAUAUACUUCCACUGAUCUGUGUUCUGAUUACAUGCAAGAAUGUGGAUAAUGUUUUAUGAAUUGAACUUGUGCAGCAGACCUUUUUUAUAAAUCAUAGACAGUCAAUGUUCAGUGUUAUAAAUUAUCACUAAUGAAUUCACAGGACAUUUCAUGGAACAAACUUUUUUUUUAAGUUGAAGAUUAAGUGUAAUUUAGUUAUUAUGUAUGUAUGAAAUGG